GAGGCUUGGGUGGAACCAAGAAGGCAUGGCCACUUGCUAAACUCAAAUUGAUGCGUGCAUGUGGUACAGGGUUGUAUAUAGACAGAGAAUAAACUGAUUCAAACUAUUUGCAAUCAUCUUUUUUUUGGAAACGCCUUGAUGAUGCAAUAGUCUGAUAUUGACGUUCAUUCUGGCUAUACGUCAUUCGAGGGCAAAUAAAGAUCGAAGGACAAUGGACUACAGGCAGAAACCACUUUCUUCGAGUCGGUACUAAAUCGCAUAUGAAUGUGUACCGACAUGAUGUCCUCGACCCUGUGCAUUGGUGUGUUUCAUAUCGAUUGGUAUAAAACCUUUAUAGGAGGCGCCGCGUUUUGGCGUUCACUCCGCCACUUACGAUUUGUACCAGUCACAACCAAGAAAAUAAUUCCUUCAAGAAACUUUCGUUUUCUUUGUACGUUUUACACACUUGGACAGGAAGGAAUGACUUAGCUUUCAUAGUGGCAUUUAGUAUGUGACAAUUGUCAUGCAAGAUACAUAAGCCGGAGCAUAAAUGCAAAGUUUUGACGAAACCAAUCACCUCAAGUUCUAAUGGUUUAGGAUAAGGAAACCAAAACGAUAAUCUGAUCGGGAAUCAAAACAACCGGACAGUGGAAGAGAUCUUCACCUAGCUAGCUGUCAUUUGAAAUAACAAAUCGACAAUGCGACCCCCUAGUCCAUUGCCAAUAACCACUGUCACCAGACAUCAUCGUAUGUUUUCUCAUGAUGAUUUAAUGACUGGAGAUUCAUCACGAUCAUCAAGCUUGCCCCCUCGUGCUCGGGUGUCAUUCAGUGGUAUCAACACACUAGCACCAUGCUCAAAUGAGUUUCAGAAAAGUCUUAACGACUUACAUCGGAUGGAAGAGGACAGUAACUUCACCGAAAAUAAACUCACUCUGCCCGUUAUCCAGCUUCUGAAAUGCUCAGAAAAUGACCAUAGUCAUAGGAAAACUCGAUCAAACUGCUGGGAUGAUGAUAGUGGGGCGGGUACAUCUGAUGAUGAUAACACAAAGAGCUGGACAUCACUAAGCAAUGCUGGUACACUCGUCACUUUGGAACCGAAGAAACGGAACCGUUUUAAGGCAAAAAGUGAACAAUUAGAGGUCGAGGCCUGUGAUGAUAAUAUUUCAGUUCGUUCUGAUUCUUAUAUGAUAUGUAAUACUUCACCAAGUGUACGACGAAGAGCUAGACAGAGUAUGAAGCACGAAGGAGGUAUUAAAGAAAGGUUAUCAAGAAAAGAUGAAAGCAAAAGAGGACAAAAGACAUCCUUGGAUCUUGAACCAUCAAUGUGGAAGAAUGGAUCUCGUGGCUUAUCGCCCUUGUCACGAACCCAACAGAACAAAGACAAUCCAGUUUGCCUGCCCAUAAAUCGUAGCAAAUCUGCUCAUACCAGUCCUCAGCGGGAGAGUCGAGAAAUCUACCAACCGAGCAACAAUAGCGCCCCCAACUCACCGUACGGAAGUCCCCUUCUAAAUCGUGCGAACAACGGUAAAGGUGUUCCCAAUAUCCCUAAAUGGCGGAAGCCCUUCAGCUUAUCAACAUCACCACCAUCAAGCAGCUUAACAAACCAGAAUAUCAACCCAAUCCUAGUCAAAAUUGACCCAAUGUCAGGAUCUUCUAGACGAGUUAAUAAAGACAAUUCUAGAUCGUUUAGACUGAGUGAUUUAACUAUCGAAAGUGCAACCAAAGGCAGACAUGUUACAGUCAAUUUAGAAGAGGAAUUUAAACGAUUAAAAGCGUGCAGAUACUUACGUUGUCAAUCAGAUGGAAAGGGAUCAAAUGAAGAUGUAUUCGCAUAGAAUAAUUAACAAACAUUUGAUUCAUGGGAAAAUAUACCAACGGGCCAGGACCAAUAAUUUCAAUAGACAAUCGGCCGACAGUAUUCAAAUCAUCUCUUAAAAUGGAAGUUACCCAAUAGAAGUCUACCCUAACAGAAAUUUAUUUGAAAUAAAAAGAGAAAAAUCUAACAAGCGUAAUGCUGAAAAUGUCAUUAAAAAAAUCGGAUAUAAAAAGCUUUGAAAAACAAAAAUGAGACGGUAGACCAUGUCACUCACUUUCUAUUGAAUUUCAUUGCAUGAAUUGUACAACAUGUACAUUGCAUAUUUGGAUAUCAAAUCAUGAUUGGUUACAACACAGACAAUCCACAUUCAUGUUCAGGGAAGAAACAACCUUCGUUUGUUUACAUUAAAAAAAAAACCUUUUAGAAUAUAAUUAUGUUGUAUACAAAAUAUAAAGGAAAUAGUAAGUUGGUGACGUCAUCGGUUUCCAUAUACACAUUUUGACCAGGGGUGUUUCAUAAAGCUGUUUCUAAAGUUACCCACAACUUUACGCACGACUGGAACUUGUUCUUAGGUCAUAAAUCUAUCAUAUAGGGAUAUCACAUAGCACAAGAAAGGAUCACCAGUCGUGCGUAAAGUCAUUCGUAUCUUACGAACAGCUUAAUGAAACACCCACCAGGAAGAAAAAACUUAGAAAUAUCUUAGCUCUCCUAUUUUGCAUCUAAUAUUGAUGAAAGUUUCAUCAUUAAGCUAGUUUGAUUUAUCUAUGUGUUCGGAAACAAAAAUAUUGUUGGUUUGGACUUCCACUUUAAGUUUCGGAAAAAUCCUUCCAAUAUUGUCGGCAAUAAUAAUUCCAGUUUAUUACUCCAUCGUGUACAUUACGUGAACGUCUACUUCCUAACCUAAUGUAAUGAAGUUGAUAUGAAACAUUUCAGUGGAUGUACAUGUAUUUUGUGAUUUAACAUAGCAAUAAAUUGUAGUCGGGAUCCUGACAAAAAAAAAUAGAA